CGCCAUUUCGACAGAAAGUGACAGCCAUAUACAGCAAUAGAUACUUUAGAAAGGGACUUCCGAUAUUUGAUUACUGUAGGGCGUAUUUUCAACUAAGUUGGUUUUUACAAAAUGAAUGAAUCCGUUUGAUCGACAUUCGUGCGAGACGCUCUAAUUGGAAUUUUAUGAUUUUUUCAAUAAUGCAAAGGUGUUUAUGGUGCUGUGCUGAUGGAUAGGGUCGAGGAGUGGAGGCUGUACAAUGGAAACGGAGUCGGUGAGAUCUGAGUUGAGCAGCCGGUCGCGACGAAGCUCGAGGCACCGGCAGCACACGCAUCGGAGUACCCGGAGCACUAAGUCACAGAGGAAGGAAUCUUCAGAUAACACAAUGGCACCAUUCCAAACUAGUGUAAACAUUAACCCAGAAAUGGGUAGAGAUGGGCAGGAGGUUAUAGAGGUCCAAAUCUUGCCACAGGAUGAGAAUUGGGGAGAAAACACUACCGCAGUCACUGGAAACACUUCUGAGGGCUCCCAAUCAAUGGAGGAUGUCAGUAACUGGCCUAUGGAGUCAGAUAAUGGAAUUGGUUUUGUGUGCACCCGAUAUUUUGGCACGACAAUAGCUCUUGGUCUGUCUUUUGUUUCAUUUGUGAGUCCGUUAGCAAUGGUAGUGCUGCCAAAGAUUGGUUUCUUCCCUGGAUUGUCAGAUAACAUUGCUAUACAACCAAGUCAGAGGAUACAGCUGCUCUCUUGCACAGCAGAAUGCAAAGGAAUACUCCUUUCUCUUGCCUUCAAACUAGUUUUACUAGCCAUUGGAGUGUGGGCCGUAUUUCUUAGACCGAGAAAUGCAAUAUUACCAAGAAUAUUUGUCUUCAGAGCAAUGACACUCGUCAUUCUGGCUGUUUGUGUAUUUUCAUACUGGUUGUUCUACAUUGUUCAAAUAACAGAGGCAUCUAAAGCCCUCGCUGUGGGCGAGGAAGCAAUUGAUUAUCACUCCUUAGUAUCUUAUGUAUCCAGUUUCGCUGAUACAUUACUAUUUAUACAUUAUAUAGCUGUAAUUUUAAUGGAGAUCAGGCAUUUGGAGCCUGUAUACUACAUAAAGAUAGUCCGAAGCCCUGAUGGUGAAAGUAGAUCUUAUUCCAUUGGACAGUUGAGCAUACAAAGAGCAGCUGUGUGGGUUCUACAGAAGUAUUACACUGAGUUUCCAAUAUAUAAUCCAUAUUUGGAGAAGAUUCCUAUAUCUAAGUCACAGAGGAAGGCGCAGUCCAGUAUAAAGUUUUAUGAAGUGGAUGGGUCUACUAAUGCUGCACCAGGGCAAGCUAGAUCUACAACGGGUUCGUGUGGCGGCGGCAGUACCCGGCGGCGGGACUCGGGGUCUGCCCACAACGAGCGAUACUACGAAGAGGCCGAGCGCGAGCGACGCGUGCGCAAGAGACGCGCCCGGCUCCUCACCAGCGCCGAGGACGCCUUCGCGCAUGUACGCCGCGUGCGUGUCUCUAGUAAUGGCGGCGCGCUAGGCCCGCGCGAGGCGGCGCAGGCAGUGUUCCCGUCGCUGGCGCGCGCGCUGCAGAAGUACCUGCGCGCCACCCGCCAGCAACCGAGGCACUCCGCUGACUCAGUCCUUGCACAUUUAGCGCGCUGUCUAUCUCAAGACGCAUCACCACGUGCCUUCUUAGAGCCAUUCCUCGUUGAGGGACCUGUGCUGGCAGCUGAACAAGAAACCAGACCGAUCCAAAGAUGGUCCCUGAUCUCCGACGAGCUUCUAGCUAGACCGUUGGCUGACAACGUGGAAUUUCAACUAAGACAGGGUGAUAUCUCACUUAUUUGUACCAUAAAGCAAUUACCUAAGUUUUCAUUGACAGAAGAGGUCGUCGACCCCAAGAGCAACCGUUUCAUUUUACGGCUAAAUUCAGAGACAUCCGUUUGACAGGAGGAGUUUUGUAGUAGAGAUGACUUCAGACUCGUAUGACAUACGGAGUAUUUUUAGGUUAGGUGAUGGACAGAAGUUUUGGUUUGGGUCCUGAGAUUAUGAGUCUGUGUAAGUCAA